AUGAGUAAAUACAUGGGUUACGAACCAAUGGAAGGCAUCGAGAUGACUGGACCUCAGCGGAGGUCUGAAGGGGCACGUCACUUGCUGGAUCUCCCAGACGAGCUACUCUUACAGGUAGCCUCAUUCGUAUACGAUCUUGAUGAUGGCCGCGAUAGUAUUCGUGCGCUUGCACUAGUAAGUCGAAGGCUGUCGAGAAUCGUAAAGGAAAUCAUGUCCAUUCACCCCUAUGUCAUCUGGACAAAACUUCCGGCGUUCUUCGACGCUAUAUUCUCUACCAAUUGGAACCCCGCGAAGACUCAAUCGCUCAGAUUACUCACUUGGGAUUACGUUGCGACCAAUAACAUUGGGGAUUACCACGAGCCGGAUGCAGAUUUAUUCAGCGAGCACGCUUUGAACAAGUAUCAAGUUCUGCGGGCGCAGACGUCGCUUCUUGAUUCCCUCAUGGCGAUAGAGGAUCAACUCGGCAACAUCGAACCUCACCAACAUGUCCUCCCCAACAGACUGUAUCCUGAUGCAGUGUUCAAGAUGAUCAGGAAUCGACUUCAAAGACUUGCACUUCCGCACGCUUGGGGGAUACCUGACACGUGGGCACUCGAUUGGCGAAGGGUCCCUAUUAAUUUGAAGGAACUUAAAUCUCUGACAGCUCUGUUGACUCCGUUGCACAUGCUGAUUAGGGAGUGCGAAUAUGUCUCUCUACCUCCGAGGCUAGAGACGCUCAAGCUUACUGAUAUCUGGAAAGGGGAUUUGGAAGCGUUUGUGGGCCCGUUUCUGGAGCACAAGACCGCGACGCCGUUUUUGAAGAUAAUUUCGCUACAACUCUCCUGGAGCAUGGCAAGUGAAGAGCGUCUAUGCAGCCACGCUUUUCUGAAAGCGAUCAACGACAUUAAGAAAGCUGGCAUUGAAGUCUGGAUCGACUGGAGUAUGUUAGCAUUUCCCUGGUUCGACUACAGAGAAGUGAUGGCUCCGGUGACGAUCGUAAAAGACUCCGCACUGCAGAUGGAAGAGCUCUUUAAAAUUCUAAGCAGCAACGUCUAUUUCCAGGAGGAGAUGCACUUUCCACCAGUCCGACAAAGGGCCCGACAUUUUCAUCUUUUGACCGACCCAGUGAAAACCAGAAAAUGCAAGGAAAGAGCACGACUGUUCUUCGAGUCCGAGUCACAGAAGGGCCAUGGACGACAUUGA